AUGAGGCGGCAUCGACAAUAUGGCCUUGUUCCAGCCCUGCUGGUGGCAGUCUGUGCUUCAGUGUUGAGCAGAGCUCGGGAGACCGACGAAUUCACCUUCAGCUGCGUUCCGCUGACAAUACAGCGGUCUGACCCGAUAGUAUCACCCGGAGAGCCUUCAACCCAUGCACAUGCCGUUGCUGGAGGUACAGCAUUCCAGAGAACCAUGGCAAUCACCGCUGCUAAGAAUGCUCGCGAAACCACCUGCGGGGUGGAGGCUGACAAAAGUAAUUACUGGAUCCCUCAGCUCUAUCACCGGAUGCACAAUGGAUUUUUUGAGCUGGUCAAAUUUGAAGGUAGCCGUGCCAUUUCGCACAUGUGUAUGAAGCAGGAUGGAAGCUCAACAGAGACAAAACAACUUCCCAAGCAAGGGUGCUCGAAGUUGAGGUCUCAGGUGUUCAUGCCGUCCUGUUGGGAUGGAGCAAAUCUAGAUAGUAUUGAUCACAAAAGCCACAUGGCUUAUCCUGCGAUUGGAGACUACAACAAGGGUGUCUGUCCAGAGACACACCCAGUGGCCAUAUAUUCCAUCUUCUUGGAGUUCUUUUUCAACACACAGCCUUUCCCUGACUAUGAAAAUUGGGUAUAUUCAAUGGGUGACAUGACUGGAUACGGUCUGCACGGGGACUUUGUCAAUGGUUGGGCGGACCAAGAAGCCCUGCAGAAGGCUUUGGAGACGUGUACCACCCAAAAAGGCCUCUUGGAUUCGAAUUGUUCGAUCACGAAGACACAGAAACGGUCAUUAACGCCGCUCAUCCAGACUUUAGAGGUACAGGAACCCGAGGAGGAAUUGGGACAGCACGGUACUCUUGCUAAACUACCGGGCAAUAAUCCAGUCACCGGUGCCUUGAGAUAA